CCUCACUCACUAAAUAACCUCGCGACGUCCCUCACAGCACUAGGGCCACAUUCUGACCUUCCGCCGAUUUCUCACCUUUCCCCAUCUUUUUCCUCUUCCCUUUUCAUACUUCCUCCCUCCACCCACUUCGAACCACCAUUUCUCUUUUGCUUUCCAAUCUGCACUACUCUUGGCUUUCAUUCCAUUUGGACGACGAUACUUCUGAUUGUCUACCCUCUGGCGCUGUGCCGAAUAGAGUCCGCCUACCUGCGCCAUCUCUCCAGCAGCAGUGCAUUCCGACUUAGAGCCACGCGAGCGCGUGCCUGAUCUGAUAUAUCCUCCUCGUUGUUCGCCCCUCGCUAUUUUCUUCUGUGAACACUGUCGGGUUACGUCUCUCACCAACCCCAGCCCUCAUCGCCUUGACAACAUAACGACAUUGAAUGUAGCACUCUUGUCUUCGACACCGCCAUCUCUUGUGCUACUCCGCAUCCCAGUUGUCUGGCCGCUCUAGCCCGCGUCGUCGCUACACUUUGCGCCCACAUCCGCCUACGCCAUGCAAUAAAGCCAGAGCUUGACGACUCACAAAAGCUGCGCUCCCUUCGCCUUGAAUGGCCAUGUCGACUUCUGAGAUCCCAUCAGAGGCGGCAACGCCUUCAGGUGGUCUCCCCGACAAGCAGCCAGAUGCAGCCCUGACCUCCCAGACCGAUGCACCGCCAAGCGCAACGGCACAUAGCGCUGCUACCAGCAUGGAGGUGUCGCCCGCACCCGAAACUGCGCCUACUCUCGAGAUGCCGCAAUCUCAACCGAUGACCGCUACCGCGUCUUCCUCCUCCCUAAACCCUCCCCAAGAAAAUGGGCUCGCUGCGAAUGCUGGUACAUACGGUACUCGGUCAAGAAAUCGUACUGGGACACGACCUAAUUACGCCGAGGACAAGGAUUUGGACCUCGAGAUAGAGACGUCGCCCAAACUCAACCGCUCAAGUAAGAGAUCUUCCGCUGUGACAGCCGAACAACAUAGCAGCGCUUCAGGUUUUACGGCGGUCAACAACUACACAAUGGAUCACUCUUCGGACAAUGUCCCUUCAGGUGGCACCUCAACCCCGGUCCCUGCUGCAGCACCGGCGCCCUCGAAGAAGAGGAAACAUCCUGGCAGUAGCCAUCCUGUUUCCGCAAACCACGCUCCGCCGGCCAAUUCGAGGUCCCGCCAUACCGCUGCCAUGCCGCUGAAAGGCUUCGUGGAAACGAACAUGAUGAGCUUCUCCAAGUGCGGACGUAAACUCAACGCCAAGCAGCAGCUGGUUGCAGAUGAUGGCACAGCAGUGCAGACAAACGAUCAUGUCUAUAUGGUGUGCGAACCCCCGGGCGAACCUUACUACCUUGCGCGUAUCAUGGAAUUCUUACAUGCGAAGAACGAUCCCGAGGCCCCCGUCGAUGCGAUUAGAGUCAACUGGUACUACAGACCGAAAGAUAUUCUGCGACGUGUUCAAGACACCCGAGUGGUAUUUGCCUCGAUGCAUUCGGAUACGUGUCCGCUCAACUCUAUCCGGGGAAAAUGUAAUAUACACCAUCUGUCGGAGAUAUCGAAUAUGGAUGAAUAUCGCAGCCAGCAAGAUUCCUUCUGGUUUGACAAGCUUUUCGAUCGGUACAUGCAUCGUUACUACGAGGUCAUACCCACACAACGCGUCGUCAAUGUUCCACAGCAUGUCAAAACCGUCCUUGACCAGCGCUGGAAAUUCGUCUUGGUCGAGAUUGGCAGGGGCCGAGAAUUGACGAGCGAGAGCAAGAAGUGUACGAGAUGCGAACAAUUUGCCAGCAAUCACGACUCGGUCGACUGUGCCGUCUGCAAGAGAACCUACCACAUGCAAUGCGUCAGGCCCCCGCUACUGAAGAAGCCCGCCCGAGGGUUCGCAUGGGCUUGUGCUGCCUGCAGUAGAGCGCAAGAGCUGAAGAUGGAUUCCCGCAAUACGCCAGCAGGCUCCGACGCUGCUCACGGCGAUGAUGACGACUUCAUGGAUGAGGAUGACGACGAGCCUGUGGCAAAGAUUCAGGACACGCGCGAAAGCAGUGCCGUUCCCGAGGCACAUCCCCCCCCCACGGCUGCUCAGAUUGCACAGGCAAAUUUGUGGCCGUGGAGAUAUCUCGGAGUCCACUCGCGCGUAGAAGAUGCGCUGGAUUACGACGACCGGAUCUACCCUCGUGCUAGCUCUCGACUUGGGCCUCGCCAUCAAGCGAAUGUCAGUGUCUGGCAUGGCCGACCUGUGGAAUUUGUGAAACCCGCAGAAGCCAAGAAGAAAUACAAAAAUGCAGAUGGGAAGAGAGAUAAGAAAAUGAAAGAUGGAGGCCAUGACACGGAUAGAGACCAGCGCCCCAAACGCCCUAAGUGGGUGGUUGACGAGCCCGUGGGCUACAUCCCUCGUGGUCAUGAUGAACCCGUGGAGAUCAAGGGCAAGAAAGAACACACUGCGCAGCUACUCUUCAAGAUGCCAGAAAGGCCCGAGUCUUCAGAACGUGGAGGCGAUGACAUUGACAAACCAGAGGACGCGGAUGUGCUUGUCGAUGAUUACAUGAAAAGGGUUAAGCCCCUCGCGGCGCAGUACAACUUGCUGGAUUCUUCCGUCGACUUUUUAACCAAGGCUGUCGAGAAGCUGUACGAAAACAAGUUCGACGUGAAUAAAGCCUUGGAUGCCAUGAAAAGUCUAUCGCUGAGAGCCGACUUGAAACAACCAGACUUGAACCGUGAGGAGAUCAAGCGUUUCGAAGAGGGUGUCGCCAAAUAUGGCAGCGAACUUCAUGCCGUAUCUCGCCAUGUUGGGGGAAAUGUGAAAGAAUCACGGAUUGUCAGAUUCUAUUAUAUCUGGAAAAAGACCGAAAGAGGCCAACAAAUCUGGGGUAAUUACGAAGGCCGACGUUCUAAGAAAGAAUCGAAACGUGCCGAUAAAGAUGGGAAUGUCAAGCUUCUAGACGAUGUUGCGGAUGAUAAAGAUGAUUCUGCUUUCGACGAGGAAAAGGCAGUCCAGAAGAAGCGUGGAUUUGUCUGCAAGUUUUGUGCAACGGAUCACUCACGACAAUGGCGCCGCGCACCAGGUACACCUCCAGGCACUCUCGUACCCAAGGAUUCCUCCGCGAAGAAUAGCAAGGACAAAAGUGGUUGGCUUACCCUAGCACUUUGCGGUAGGUGCGCCUACCUAUGGCGAAAAUAUGCAGUACAGUAUGAGGACAUUGAGGAGGUUUCCAAGAAAAUCGCAGCCUCUGGCAGCCGAGCUGCUAAACGGAGGGUUGAUGAAGAGCUGCUGCGUCUCAUCCUCGAAGCGCAUCAGAUGUCUGGCGAUCCUAUCCCUCCACGUGCGGUCGAUGAAGUCAACAAAGCCGGUAUGGAGGUUCCCCAGAACAUCAUUCAGCCCGAAGAACCACCAAAGAAGAAAGGCAAGACCGACCGGGAUGGACACCAUGCGACGGCAGACGUUGUUCCCGAGAAGAAGAAGGCGCCGGAGAAGCCACAAGAACCGCCGCCAAUCGAGCCCGACCCACCCAAGGUUAAGAUCCACCCCUGUGCUAUAUGUCGAGUUAUCGAUGUGCCUGGGCAAGAACUGCUCAAAUGUCGCGACUGCAGAUUGCAUGUUCAUGGGUCCUGUUAUGGUGUCGGGGCCAAGACCAAUACCAAACCGUGGUUUUGCGACAUGUGUAGAAACGACCACAAUCUGCAGGUUUCGACCACGUACGAGUGUGUUCUCUGUCCGGUGAAGUAUACACAUCAGGAAUUGAUGGAACCGCUCAGACCUUCGCACAAGAAAAAGACAGAUCGCGACCGUGAGAAGGAGAGGCUUGAGCGCGAAAUCAUCCAAGAGGCCAGUCGUCGUUGGCGAACGGAGCAAGAAGCUGCCGGACGCCCAGUCAAUCCCCGAGAAGCAUUAAAGAGAACAGCAUGGAACAAUUGGAUGCACAUUACAUGUGCGCUCUGGACAAAAGAGAUCAAAUUUGGCAAUGCUGAACUGCUUGAUGAUGCUGAGGGUGUCGGCUUCAUCCCAGGGGACCGGUUCGAACCCAUCUGCAAGAUCUGCAAGCAAGGCGGCUAUCCCACAGUAAAAUGCCACCAGUCGAACUGCAACACCUUUUUCCACGUGGGAUGUGCUCAUCAAGCCGAUUACAUUUUUGGGUUUGACGUGGCCCCCGUGAAGAGCAGCCGUCGCGACUCGGUCAAUGUGAUGAAACUUCAGACCGAAACUGGCAUCGUCACUGCUGGAAUCUGGUGUCCAAGCCAUCAACCGUCAACAUUUGUACACGGAAUGCUGGAACCCACGGAAGGUGGUUUAACUGCCAUGCAACUCUUUGCACGGACUUACAAGCAAGUCGACAAUUCGGUGACUGGAACAGUCCGGAGAGCCGCUCAAUUCACCACGAACGUACCUACCACAGCACCUGCUGUGCAGUCCGUGUCCAGGCGCGGAUCGACCAUCAAUGGCCUUGCUAACGGCGCUCAGGGAUAUGUCGAGGAUGCCAAUACACGCUCGUCGCCUAUCGUGGAGUCUCCUAAAGGUACUGGGGCUGUCGGGAUGAUCGACGACAUCGUGAAGAAGACUGCCAAAGGCGGCAGGAUAUGCUGCAAUUGUGUGGUGGACGUCAGUCCUCGCUGGUGGCCACUGAAGUCGGGAGAUGUACCAGGAUCUACUGUCAAUGGAGUGCAAGCGACGCAGCUCUCGGAUGUCACCGGUGCAAAUGGAGCACCGGACGUUGUCAUGACGAAUGGAAUCGUUAAGGCCGAGCCCACUGACACAAACGGAGUGAUUCACGUUGUCGACAGCCAAGAUCGAACUAUGUGGCAAUGUCACAAGUGCCACGUGCAGGAGCUGACACCGCCUUCGUCGCCCUCACAGAUCAAACCCCGAGAAAAACGCGCUCCGGAACCUGUACCAGAGCCAUGUGCUGCCUAUCAAUCACCCUAUGCUGGGCCGUCUUCGUCGAAUUAUCCAGUGGGGCGACCGCACCUGGAAGGAGGGUUAUUGCCUCCUCAAUCUCGUCCACCACAACGUCGGCCUGUUCCGCCACUUCCCAAACAACUGAGCUGGCAAACCCCUGCUGGAUGGGCACCAGGAACCAUUCCUCGUGGCCGCAGAACAUCGCCGGCACCCCUAACAGCAUAUCCUCCCGCUUAUCGGCCUCCAUAUAAUGAACCCGGGUACGGCAGACCUCCAACCCAUGCCUACUCGACUGCACCGCCGCCAUUGCCUCCGCCACCGCCACCGCCUCCUCUACCCACCGCAGGGCACCUAGUCCAACAUUCUCCUCCACCUGUAUCAUAUGGCGGUCCUCCUCCGCACCAUCAGCACCCAGCUCAGAGCGCACGAACCCCUCCACAAGGGGCCAGACCCCCUUCCCCGCCACGAUUCGAACGCCCUCCAGCUCAGUCACCUCAUCUUGGAUUACAGUCUAGCAUUUUGUCUCGAUCCUAUGCACCUGAUCCACCACGACAACCAAAUCUGGGAUCUCCUGUGAAUGGGUAUUCAGCACCUCCCAUGGCUACUUCGAGGCUAUACAACCAUGCCCCUCCACCACCGCCGCCGCUACCACCCUCUCAUCAAUCGGUAGCAGUCCUUAGACAGUCUCCAUCGACACAGCCUUUGCCGCUGAUCCCGCAAGCUAGUGCUGAGCAGCCAGGACAAUCUCAUUCCAGACAUGCGAGCAGCGACAUCACUGGCACUCCGAGAUUCGGUCCUCGACCAAUCUCCGAAAGCCCACACCAACGUCCGAUUACUCCGGCUGCUGCUGCAACGGGGCUCAAAGACGACAAAAGAGACGGCUCCGGCGCAAGUGCCAGUCCUAGUCUCAAAAACCUAUUGAGCUAGACACUUGCGCCGAGUCCAAUAUCCAGCAUCCAAGUAUGUCACCACGCGUCGACCUGGUGUAAAAUGCUCCGGCACUGAGCGCGGGGCAAGUCGAGGACCAAUGCUUAUUUGCAUGCAAUGUGCUACGAGAGAUGCGCAAAGAUUCAUGUGUUUCGGUUCAUUCGAAGGGGGGCGUUACGCAGCCGAAUGGGGCAAUGGGUCAAUGGGUAUUGAUUGGCAAUGUUGAUUUUGCCUUAUUUCAGCCAUUGUCUACCUUGGGAAGAAGGGAUGCACGUUUGUCUUACUUUUUCACUGGUAGAACGAUUCAGCGAGAAACAGAGAGAGAAGAGAUGCAUAGAGCCAACCUAUGCGCGUGUAUGUAUGUAACAUGUAGGGAAAUGGAAGCACUGGUUUUAGAACGAAACAAA